UCCUUUGUUCGCCCUCGUUGCGCAGCAGUGCGGGCGGCGACUUCCCCUUCCUGGGUCUCGGAGCGGGCGGCCGGCCCUCGUGCUGAGUCGCUAGCCGGCGCCCCUCGGCCACUCUCUAGGAACUCGAAAAGCCUCGUCACCCCCUCCGAUUCUUGAUCAGGGGGCAACAUGGUUGAAGCAGAUCGCCCGGGAAAACUUUUCAUUGGUGGGCUCAAUACCGAAACGAAUGAGAAAGCGCUCGAAGCCGUAUUCGGCAAAUAUGGACGGAUAGUGGAAGUUCUGUUGAUGAAAGACCGCGAAACCAACAAAUCCAGAGGAUUUGCUUUUGUAACAUUUGAGAGCCCAGCAGAUGCUAAGGAUGCCGCCAGGGAUAUGAAUGGAAAGUCCUUAGAUGGGAAAGCCAUCAAGGUAGAACAAGCUACCAAGCCAUCGUUUGAAAGUGGGAGACGGGGACCACCUCCACCUCCGAGAAGCAGAGGCCCUCCACGAGGCCUCAGAGGCGGAAGAGGAGGCAGUGGAGGAACAAGGGGGCCACCCUCACGCGGAGGGCACAUGGAUGACGGCUAUUCCAUGAAUUUUAAUAUGAGUUCUUCCCGAGGGCCACUUCCAGUAAAGAGAGGACCACCACCACGAAGUGGGGGACCACCUCCUAAAAGGUCUGCCCCCUCGGGACCAGUUCGAAGCAGUAGUGGAAUGGGAGGAAGAGCCCCGGUCUCCCGUGGAAGAGAUAGUUACGGAGGCCCACCUCGAAGGGAACCCCUGCCUUCUCGAAGAGAUGUUUAUUUGUCCCCAAGAGAUGAUGGAUAUUCUACUAAAGAUAGCUUUUACUUUUCUAGCUACUCGAGCAGAGAUUACCCAAGUUCGCGGGAUACCAGAGAUUAUGCCCCACCCCCAAGAGAUUAUACCUACCGCGAUUAUGGGCAUUCCAGUUCACGCGAUGACUAUCCAUCCAGAGGGUAUAGGUCUGUCUUUGAAUUUAGCGAUCGAGAUGGCUACGGUCGGGAUCGGGACUAUUCAGAUCAUCCCAGUGGCUCCUACAGAGAUUCCUAUGAGAGUUAUGGUAACUCACGUAGUGCUCCACCUACGCGAGGGCCCCCUCCAUCUUAUGGUGGAAGCAGUCGCUAUGACGAUUACAGCAGCUCACGGGACGGAUAUGGUGGAAGUCGAGACAGUUACUCAAGCAGCCGAAGUGAUCUCUACUCAAGUGGUCGUGAUCGGGUUGGCAGACAAGACCGAGGGCUGCCCCCUUCUAUGGAAAGGGGGUACCCUCCUCCACGCGAUUCCUACAGCAGUUCAAGCCGCGGAGCACCUCGAGGUGGUGGCCGUGGAGGAAGCCGAUCUGAUAGAGGGGGAGGCAGAAGCAGAUAUUAAACACACAAAACAAAACUUUGGACCAAAAUCCCCUGUUCAAAGAAACAAACAAAAAAAUGGAACCUAUUAUCAUAACUACCCAAGGACUACUCGAAGGAAAAAGUGUGUUACCUUUUUUUAAAAACAAAUUUCCUGUUAAGUUUCCCCCUCCGUAAUUUUAUGUUGUGAGAAAAAGUUAAAAAAAAUGUUUAAUCUUAUUUGAUUUUUUAUGACAUUGCUUUAAACAAGCAAAUGUUUAAUGUGUUAAGACUUGACUUGUGUACUUACUAGUGUUGUAAUUUCCCAAGUGUCCCUGAGUGACCACUUACUAUCUGAUUUCCCCCAGUAAAUAAGGCAAGCAAUUCUAAGAUCUUACACACAUCUAGCCAUAUAACAAUGGAAAGAUGAAUACUUCCUAAUAAAAACAAGCUAGCUGUUAUUUAGAAGGGAGGUUGGGGUAUGCUCUUUGAAGAUUUCAGUGUCUAUAAGCUGAAAUCCCCCGUGUUCUCAGUCUGAGAAAUCUGAGAUCAAGUGCUUUAUGUAAGGAAAGUGCUAUAUGCCCAGUAAACCCCACAUCCCAGAGCAAAAAGGAUGCUGGCCAUAUUUUGCCUUAUGACAUUUUCCUUGGGAAUCUGCAAGAACCUUCCCUUCUCCCCUCUCCCCAGUAAGACCAUUUAAGUGUGUGUUAAGCAACUACAGAAUACUAAAUAAAAAGUUUGGCCAAAACCAACCAUGAAGCUGCAAACGAUGCUUGCUCUUACUGUUUCAAAUUUUUGCAACUCUGUAGUGUCUCACUUUUAAGGAACAGCUUGAUUGCAAAGGAGAAAAUAGAUAAGCAAUGAAGUUAUCUCCAACUUCUCAAAGGCUUAUGACUUCUAAAAAGUGAAUCAAUCAGCAUUCCACAUCAGAUUUAAAGCAUCAAAUGCCUGUGAAACAGCAAAGAUGGUUGAGGAUUUUGCUCAUUAUGGUCAUGGAGUGCUGAUUUAUUCACGCUAGAUAAAGCUGGCCGCAAGAGAAAUGAAAUGCUCAGAGUUGUUGAAGCAGAAGAAUGCUGAUUGUCCCUAAGACACACAGUUGCAUAAGCAGUACUCAACAGAAUUGGUUGGUGCAGGCACUAGAUCUUUGCCUUCAGGGUUCCUAUGAAUAGGAGAAAAGGCAUCCGUGUUGGUUGGCCCUCUUAACUAGGGAGUGGGAGUUCCCAAUGGAAACAGGGGAGUAAGUAGGGAGUGGCUCAGUGGAGGAAGUUAAGGAAGUUCUGGUGGCCCAUUAAGAUAGUCACAACUUGGGCUUUGCUCUUUGACAAAAGACAAGCAAGCAAGGAUAAAGACAGUUCAGAACUUCCUAAAUAGCACUAUCAUUGUGUUCAGACAACUGAGGCAUACGUGGUAACUUGAUCCAGUAAAUGUAUGGUUUUUAUUUUUUUCUGCGGGUGAAAUAUUUUUUUGUAUGGUGAUCCAUGCAGUCACAAAACUACAGGGAAGAGUGAUACAGUGGGCAAAGUAACUGGAAAUGGUGCUGUGCAAGAGCACAUAGAAAUAACUGGAAAUCAAUCUGGGCCAGUCGGCUAUUUUUUUACUGUUACUCCUGUAAAGCUGCCUCAACCUUUCCUCUUGACUGGGGAAACAAAUCAGGGUGCAGCAUUGUGUAGCAUACUACUUUCAAGACUAGAGCCAGUAGCAUCACAACCUCAUCCUCUUGUGGGAACAGACUGGCGUUGGCCUAGAGCUAACUCCGCAUCCCUUUUUUUUUUUAAAUAUAGUGCUGUCUUUGCAGUUGCGGACCAGAAUCCAAAACUGUCAAACCUCAUUCAACAGCCUCCCAAUCCCAAACUGAGGUACUAACAAAACUUAAAACUGCUGCACUUAAGUCACUUCUUGAUCUAUGUAUGUUGUAAAUGACAUGGGUUUAUGCUUCUGAAAACCUUUGGCUCUUGAGAAUCUAAUGUCUUGAAGUUAGUGUGGGGCGUUUAAUCACGGUAAAUAUGACUUACUAAAUAACACAUGGUUUGCUUCAGUAAUCAGACAACUGUUCAAAGCUUACUGACCCAGCAGACUUAUCAUGUUCAGACUCGUUUAUUCUGGCUCUAUACUGGUGGUAAAAGAAAGAACGCUAGAAAAUGUCUUCCUUGUUUAAACUAAUAGUUGACUAUAGAACUUAGGUAUUAUAGGUCACUUCUUUUUGGAAUGUUUUUGUAUCUAAAACUUAAUAAAAUAAAAUAUGACAUGUACUUUC